GACUCGAGAAGACAGCGGUUGCUAUGGCGGCUGCGAACGCGGGAAGGGGCCAGGGGGAGAGACAAACAAUCCCCAGCGUCACUCUCAGUGUCUCCGGGGCUCAGAGAGUGAGAGAGGAUCGGGAGCGUGAGGCCCUUGUGUGAUGCAGAGGGAUUCCCACUUGGCUUCGACCAGACGUUACCGGGCGAUGGAUUCUCCGAUUCGAUCCGAGGAUUUGAUGAGUGAUGUCGAGCCCCUGCCCCCGUCCGCGCCCAACUCUGCCCCUGCCAGCCCGCGUGCUGCCUGGGCCAUAGCCGCCAACCUGCCCUGCUUUGAUCGCUCGGCCUCGACCGCUGUGGCCCGCUCUCUGCCCAGCAGCCCCUGUGCCACCCUCACCUCCUCGUCCGAGGCCACGACCAGGCUGUAUGCGUCGCUGCAGAUGGAACAGCGGGCGGCCCCCAGCACGCAGCCCCCGGGGUCCCCUCGCUCCUCCUCCAAACGGGUCACCACCGAGCGCAAAGAGGCUUUGGGCCAUGGUGACAGGCGCAAUCCUGCCCUCCCUGGGCCUCACUCCCGCACCCAACCCCCUGAGCCCAUGCCCAAGCUGGCUGCCAACACCAGGAGCCCUGCCCGACCAGGCCUCCUGCGAGAUGUGGCUUCUGAGGGCCCCUCUAAUACCGCCACUUCCCGCCACCCAAAAUCCGUCCAAUUUGCCAAGGAGGUACCUGGACAGCUGGCACCCCCUGAGCUGGAAGAACCUGCUGCGGAGAUGACUCAGAGACUGCCAAAAAAGGGGGAAGGCAGCAAUGGGGCAAAGGUUGGAUCCAGGCACGUUUCGGAGAUGGAGUCGGUGCGGUCCCACCUACAGAACAUGUUGAAGCUCUCUCAGGAGCUCACCUACAGGGAUGCUGCCGUCAGUCCGACCUCGUCAACACUGGUGCCGAAGGCAGCUGAGGAUCAAGGGGACGACGAUUCGUUUGAGAGUGACUGCACCAGCACUUUACUCAGCGCCAAACCUUUCCAGGAGAUCUCUGUGUCCCCACCAGUGCCCAUCCUGGGAUUGAAUGAAGCUGCUCUCUUCCCUCGGUAUUCCCGUAUGCGGAUGGGGAUGGGAGAGGGGCUGGCGGCUGAAUCCUCCCUCUACGAGUGUCAGAUCUUGAAGGACACCCUCGAUAAAGAGCGCACGAGGAGGAAGCAUUGUGAGAAACAGAUUCAGAGCCUGCAGAACAAGAUCUUGGAGCUCCAGCAGCAGUUGGCUGUGGCAGUGUCAGCUGAUCGGAAGAAAGACAUCAUGAUUGAACAGCUGGAUAAGACUCUGGUGAAGGUAGUGGACGGUUGGAAGAAACAUGAUGCAGAGAAAUCGGAAGCCAUGAGGCAACUGCAGGAGGAGCGCGAGGCUGCAGAGAAGGGGCAUGGCAAGCAGCAGCAGGCGCUGUUCAGUUUGGAGCAUCAUUUAACACAAGUAAACCAAGCUCUGGCGAAAGAGCAGAAAGAGAAAGAUCUGCUGGUGGAGGCGAGGGGCAUAUUGGAGGAGGAGAACCGGAAGCUGCAGAAGGUUCUGGAAGUGGAGCAGCAGCGCUGCCUGAGGCUGCAGGGCGAGUGUGACGUUGCAGAGAGUGGCAGGCAGCACGAGCGGAAACAGGCCGAGGCUCUGCGCACCAAGCUGGGAGAGGCGCGUGAGGCGUACAGCCAACGUGAGAAGCAGCUGGAGCAGGGGAACGCGCAGCGGGAGGAAGAACUCCAGAAGCAGCUGGAAAGAGAGAAGGCAACUGCUCAGCGUGAAACACAGCGGGCGCAGGACACGCAGCGGGUCCUCGCCUCCAUCCAAACGGAGCUGCAGCAGCUGGAAAUCGAGUUGGACACGGCCAAACGUGACAAGGAAAGCCUGCAGAUGGAACUCAGCCUGGUCAAGGCACGCUUUGAAUCGCAGCGAGUCAAGAGUGAGACGGAGUUUAAGAUGGCCUUGGAGCAACAGGUGACUGAGCGACUAGCAACCGUCCACGAAGACAGCACCCGACAGACAGCCGCCAUUCGAGAGCAGCACAGGAAGCAGAUCAUGGAACUGACCGCACAGCAUGAGCACGAGAUGGGCAAGCAGUUAGCCGAGUUCAAAUCGGAACUACAGCAACGGGAGGAGAAGCAUCGUCAGCUAAUUGAGGGGUACGAGAUCAGGCUGGCGAAGGCACAGGAGGAGAUGGGCAGGCUCCUCGCCGUGAAGAGGAAGCUGGAAGUGCAGCGAGGCGAGAUGGUGUCCAAGCUGCAGACCAUGAUGCAGUCGCACUGGAACGAAGCACUGAAGGUGUUGUUGUCCGAAGACUCACCCCCAGCCCUCCAGAGACCAAUGCAACCUGCCCUUCAUCACAACCAAAUGCCUGUUUAUAGCGAGCUCAACCGCAUAAUGUCGACCUCAGGAACCACCAAUGAUUCUCACCUCUCGUCUUCCUCGACGGUGCCUUACACAGUCUCGGCCUUGGAUACCAACCGGCUGAGGCAUUCCUCUGGCUCUCAGGCACCUGACAGCCAAACACACGGGAACCUGGUCAAGCUGCAGCACUCGGAUUGGGUCAGUCAGAGGAGCGACCUCCGUUUGCCUGAGCUGGCUCCGGACUGUGGGGUCUGUGAGGACAGGAUCGAGACCGGACAACUUCCCUACGCAAACCAAGAGGCUCGCAAGCUCGUGGAUGUUUCCCUGCAGGACACCCGCAACUUCCACUUUGCUCAGGCCAUUCCCUUGCAGCCUGUGGUACAGGCCUCAUCUCACCGACAGGUGUCCAUGGCAACCAAAGACCAAGAGGUCAACGCAGAUCCCAACAUACCCAGCAGACACAGUACCCUGGCCUCAAAUGCUACAGAAACGCUGGACCCCCUGUUAAAGCAUGAACAUCACCUGCAGCAGUGCACCUCGCACUGUAGUGACCACCCACAGCUGGCCGGGAGCUCUGUGUACUCUGAGCAGAGCCAGCCGGUGAUGCUCCCACUGCUGCCCAACCGGCCCUCGUUGGAAGACCUCAGCCAGCUGCUCAACUACAGCUUCCUCAGUCAUGCCAGCUUCCACCCUCUGGAGCUACAGGUGGAUGAGACCAUGAUGACAGCCCCCGGAGCCCAUUUGGACGAGCUGGCUGAGCACCCGUUCACUGAUGGUGCUGAUGACAGUGAACAGACCCACAACCAGCAGCCGAGUGAGGGCGGAACAACCAAGAACAGCAGCUUUGAGUCGUCAGGGGGGCAGUCCUCCCAGGAACAGAGCUCGCGAAGCAGUGAGCUUCAGUAUUACAUCCAGAUGCUUCUUGACCGAUCACCUGGAGAUCCUGUGGAAGGCAGUGGGGAAUCCGAGAAGCCCAGCAUAGCACAGAAUGACGCAGCCUCCCAGCAAGGAGGUUCUCCGGUUUUGCGGGAUUGCUCCAAUAUCUGGGAGAGCACCGGGCCCCAGCUGAUGAGAGAGUUACCCAUCGUGCAGAGCAGCAAGCCUUCCAGCAGCGCUGUGCAGAAAAUGAAAAUGAAUCCCUCGGAGGCUGUUCUGUUGCAGCGGGUGCUAGGACCCCAAAGCCCUCAGAAAUCAGGGUCUGCGGGUGGAGUGCUAUCUCCUAAACAGAUUGGAGAGCUCUCGAGACUGUUGAGCAUGUACCACAGCACUUCCAAUCGACCAGCACCGGCCUUGGAUGAACUCUUCACCUACCUGAGGGGCGUGCAGCAGAAUGGGCCAGAAGGGCCGGAGAGUAUGGCCGCAUCUGCUCGAAGAAACCUGGAUCAGAAAUUAAACCUAGCGGCCAGGAGAGAGGGUUCAUCAGCGCAGAGCAACCAGAGACGGUUCAUGGCAAACAAGACGGUGACUGAAAAGAGCACCAAUCCUGGCAAACCAGGGAAGAAACCUGCACCGGCCACCCAGCCAGGAAGCAAAGGAGGCAAGACGGUGGUCUGGAGAUGAGUAGCGACAAAGCUAGUCACCGAGACUGGGGAAUACAUCCAGUGACCAAUCAAUCCCAAUUGCCCUGGUCUGGUCAGUGUAGCCCCCCACUCCCCAGAAGCUGGGGUGGGGGGAGUUGGCAAGACAUUGGACUUUGUGAUCGAGUUUCUCCGUGUGGUCAACUUUGCAAUGAAGGGUUGAAACAAUGGUUUUCAAUGCUGGCUUGCCACACCUGGCACUGGGCAUUCAAACUCAACGGGGUAAGCCCAUGAUGUCUCUGCCGACUUCAGGUGUGCCAGAUAAAAAGCUUCAGGGCGUCGACAGCACAAGCUCAAUGCAGCUCGCUGCUGAACUAGUAACGGGAGGUGCUGAGGGUGGCGCAGGUUUACAUGGUGCCGCCUGAUGCACGUUGAUGUGGUUGAGUAUAGUGGUCUAUAUCCUCCACCUAACUUGCGCUACACUUCAUGUCCCAAAUUUAAAUGGUGAUAGCUCUGUCUAGUGUGCCACAUUUGAAUUGUAGACAUUUGAACCACAAAGGGAUGAGAUAUUUCAUCAAAGGCUGCUCACCCCAGCAAUCGGCUGUUCCAGACAACCUCAUCCCACCCCAGUAAUUACUCUGCAUCACAGCGUAUUGUGUGGAGGAGUUAAUGUACUAGUGGGCGUACUGUUUAGCAAUAACCUCCAAUUCCUAGCCAAGCAGACUAUUGCAAGAAUUUCUUCCUGCUUUACUGUUUACAUUUACUGUUCUCCCAUUUCAGUUUGUUUAUAAUCUUGUUUUCCUGUUUAAUUUUGAAUUAAGAAUCUGAAUAAUAAUCAGUGCCCUUUUGAACUACCCAUGAAAAAAUUUCUCCUUCCUGCAUCUGUUUCAACGGACUGAUUGAUUGAUUCUUCCUCCCUUUCUCCCUAUGCAUACCUCUCUCUUUCUGGCCCUUUCAUUUCUCUAUCAGCCUCCCUUGCUGUGCUGUCAAACUUGCGUUUGGACAAACGCUGUGCUGCGACACCACAGCUGUGUCCUGGAGAGAGGAGUCUGGCCCAAAUAACCAUCCUCCUCCGUCUUUACCUUGUGAAAUGCUCCCAUACCAUUUUUACACCACCCCCCCACCUCCACCCAUCCAUAUUCAUUUGUGUUCACUCUUACUGAUACAACCAACCUGUUAAUUCCUGUGACCACGACUUCUAAGUUUAGAGGAACUUGGGGCUGUGCAUUUAAAUUUUUUGAAAAAUAAGCAUAACCGCAAACAGCAAUAAUUGCCACAUCAGCGGGUCUAAUUUAUUUUUAUAAAGAAUAUUUUUCUGUGAUGCUUCAUACCUUUACGAACAGCUUAUGAUAACUGUAUCAUUGUGUCGACCUUCACUGGUAGUACAGCUGAAACGUAGUCUUGGGCUACAUUCUCGUUAGAAUACUAUGGUUGGGGUUUUAAGUCCAUUUCCAGUAUGUGCUUCUGUUCUUUUAUCCGUUCUGGUUGCAGCAUGACUGCAGUAGUUAAUUUAAUGAAGGGUGGCAUUGAUUCCAUUUUGUUUCGUGUGAAAUGUGUCUUAAUAUCUUGAGGCUCAUCACGUGAGGGUAGGAUGUUGUAUUUUUUUCAAUAUAUGAAAUGUUAGCCAGCUGUGCUGUACUGCUAGCUUGUAGCUGAUUGUGGGUAUAUACUUAUUUGACACUGGUUUACAGGCUUGUUUUACAGUCCAUUUACUUAUAUCAGGAGUUAAGUUUAGGUUAACAUUCGGUGCUAGUUGGCUCGUUCUGCUCCUGCUUCCCCAGGGUCCCAGGACCUGCCAGCCAUUUUCUCAACAUAUCCACAUCUUCCAUAAUCACCAAAGGGCUUUACCUCUUGUAUUUAAAUGCCUGGCGUCAUGAUAACAUUUACUCUCAAGUGUAGAACUUGCGGGAAGGUCAGAGGCCAUUGAUGGAUCUAAACCUUGUCCAGUAUUCCGACUUACCCAGCAGCUCACCAGACUUGGGUGUUGAUCUCAUGCUCCAAACAUAGUUUGCUUACUGUGAAGUAUAUAGUGUUAAAAUGGACCCCCAUGACCAAAAAAAUGUAUAUUUUUGUUUCAUCCUUUAAAAUCAUACAAUUGGAAAACAAUAGCCGAUCAUUUCAGGCUAACACCAGCCCUUUGAAGGCGCCAUGUAUAUUAAAUGCAGCUGUCAGCAGCACUUUGUUUAUUUUUUUGGUGUUGCUUCUGGUUUCUGUUAAAUUCUGAAAACUUCUGGGGGAUUUUAAAACCCACAUGAUGUACUUGGGCAUUUAGAGUAGAUGAUAAUGACAUUGUACCUAAAACUUGAUUGAGAAGCACAGGCGAAAGAAUGCAUCGACACCUUUUAAUCCCUGCAAUACUCCGGUCCCUGUUCCGUGUCCCCUGUAUCCAAAUCAUUGGUUUAAUUCAACUCUGCUUGCUUGGAAAGGACUUUAAUAGACAUCUGAAAUGUAGCUAACAAACAAUGUAAAGAAGCCUGUGGUCUUCCUAUGCAGUUUCCCAUGCAAAUACCUCCAGGGUGCCAAAUCCCAAAUCCUGCACUAUUUAAUACUGUAUGUAAGCACUUAAUAUAUAUGUAUAUGUUCCACAGGCUUUGUGUGACAGUACAACUACAUCCCCUUUUAUCUCUGUUGAUUUUUUUCAACUUGCAUUUGCUGUGUAUUGUAUCUUUAUCCAACUGACUGUUUAUAUUUGUGUGUGUGCCUGUGCAUUUUUUACAAACUUAAAUGCCUUAUUUUAAUAUGGAUUUUAUAUAAUAAACUUUUA